AUGGGUCUCUACUGCAUAGGGACGUUUCCCAAUGACAACCCUCAGCCCUGCACCUGCCAAGAUACCGAGCCAGCAAAGCAGCACGUCCCAAAAGAAGAGAUGGAAGAUCUCCAGAGACGCAGAGCAGAAGAGUACAGACAACAUCAGAUCAGAACGGGCAAACAGAAUGAAGUUCUUCUACUUGCCCCUUCCAACACCCCUCUCCAGUAUCCCAUCAGAGGAUUCAGAGUAUUGCCCAUGAAUAAAACUCUCAUUCCUGGUCUAGCUCUGCACGCACAAAACCGAACAAUUUACGAGGUGUCGCUGAGGGUGGGGAAAGGUGUGCUGUCAGUAAUGGAUGUUCAGGAAGGAGAGGACGUGGACGCAAAUGAGAGAAAUCUGACCAUCUCAUCCACCGGCCUUGAGAAACUCAAUGAUCUGCUGAGCCGAGUGACCUACACCAGCACCGUCUACCACAUCAAGACCGAAGAUCUCUCUUACUUCUCUUUUGAGAACCAUGAGGUCAUUUUCCCAAUCGAGAUCAGACGUCCAUCAGUUCCUGUUCUUUAUGAUCCGGGGAAGGAUAUAAACUCUCAGGUGACUGUACUGGUGAAAGCGUUUUUGAGAUAUAAAGAACUAAAAGUUCUUAUUAAGAGUAUUCGUGUGAACUACCCAAACCUAAAGAUCAUUAUUGCAGAUGACAGUCAUAACCCAGAGAUGAUUAAUGGAGACAAUAUAGAGCAUUACAUCAUGCCUCCAGCACAGGGUUGGUUUGCAGGCAGAAAUCUGGCAGUAUCACAAGUCACCACUAAAUACUUCUUAUGGGUGGAUGAUGAUUUUUUGUUCCUGAACGAGACACGUAUAGAGAGUUUUGUGAAGAUCAUGGAAGCCGUUCCUGAACUAGAUGUGGUUGGCGGUGAGGUUGUAAGAAAUCGGUUUGCCUUUAAAUUGCUCUAUCAAGAGGGAAACAGCGAUGAAGGCGGCUGCAUCAGACGUGUCAGAGCAACACACGGACCCGUGCCGGGAUUGGACAGGUGCUUCUUCGUCGAUGGGGUCGUCAACUACUUCAUGGGCCGAACGGAUGCUGUGCGAAGGGUCGGUUUUGACCCGUUCCUCAAAAGGGUGGCUCACACUGAAUUCUUCAUCGACGGACUGGGAGGUUUGUUAGUCGCCACCUGCGAAGGUCUCCAAAUUGGCCACCAGGAACGCAAGGUCACAGGAGAUUAUAAUAAGUACAGGUUUCCGCCGAAAAGUGAUUCAGAUCAAAAAAUGAAACACCAUUUCUUCAAGAAUCAUCUCAAAUGUAUCAAGUAUUGAGGAGAAUUACAGAUGACUUGGAGUGAAUAACGAGAAAACUCAUUUAAACUCUUUAUUGUGUCAUGACUUAAGAAUGUCCUUGACAAAAUGCCAAGAGCACAUUUCUGCUCAUUCUAGCCCAGGGCAUUGAAGGUACUAUAAUCUUGUGGAUUUUGCCCUAGCUUAAUAAAACUUGUCAACAUGGCUUCUUUAUGUGAAUACGAGUGCAGUAUCAGGUAGUUGUCAAUUGCUGGUCGUUUAUAUGUGAAAUGAGGACAUGACUGCAGCUGGCGAUGAGGCAAAAUCCAGCAUGUCCAGUGCAAAAAUUGAAGAGACCUUUUUGAAGUCAAUUUGGUUUACUUAUGAGCAAUUGAGCUUAAAUGAGACUUGGGUGUUUGUAAUAGACGUAGGUUAUGGUGUCAGCCAUGAUGUGUUGCAAUUUUGAGGUGUUCAGUCUUAUAAUGAUUUCAGAAAAUAAAUGCGAUUGCUCUCCACACGAAUCAACUGUGUCUUGUUUUUCACUGACAUGUCUCUUAAGUGGGUCUCUUAAACCGGGCCUAAAUGUUUGUAUCUAAUUUGUUGUAUGUAUGCAAAUCUACUCAACAUACUGUAUCCCAAAUAAA